AUGCGGUCCUUCACAACCAUCCUCGCCUCCACCACCCUUCUCGCCGUUGGUGCUCUCGCUGCACCAGGCAACGAAUGGGGCGGUAGCGGCUAUGGCGGUUGGGGCAGUGGCAAGCGACCCAACUGGUGGCCAGGACGGCAAUCAGCCUGCUUGAGCGACUCAGAUGCCCAGACCGUCGCCGACAACUUCAAGGAAUCAAUUGCUGCAUACAGCGAUGCCCAGGCCGAUGCCGACUUCACCACCGACUUUACGGACUACUCCGACUCCGUCAUCGAACUGAUCGACAACGGAUGUCCCAACACCCCGGUAGCUCUCGGCACCGCGACUUUCGACUCCCUCGCCUCCUUCAAAGCCGGCCAAGGCUCGCAACCGCCCAUCCCCUUCGAGAUCCUCAACCUCUGGCACAAUUGCGACACCAUCACCAUCCGCUGGAAGUCCGCCCAGACCCCUGCUCAGGUCACGGGCAUCAUCGUCAUCGAGGCCGAGCAGCAGAACGGCAAGUGGAUGAUCCACACCGUGUACAGCGAGUUCAACAGCGGGGCGUGGUUGGUCAAUUUGGGGAUCUUCAAGCCGAGUAACUGUACCGCUUAG